CAACAAUACAACAAAAACCUUAACGGGGACAUCCUACUACCUAUUCAAUCGCCGAUUCAUUCUUCAUCCUUGUCCCCCCAUUGACCAACCGCUCGCGCUCGAUCCUUCCUUCUCCACUCAUCUUUUAUGUCGGCAUGGCCUGACGAGGUCUACAUGUUUGUACAGAGUACGUCCGUGUUCGUAAGCCAAUAGCGUACGCUAGUCUAUUAUUCCUCCCCGCACUCUCUCCCCUUUUCAUAUGGCCCCUUUUUCUCCUGCGUUGCACUAACUGUACUCUGUGCGGCCGAAAGGAAGCCAGAACCUGGUCCUCGCAUAUAAAGAGCGUCCAUCCCCCACUCCCUCUUUUUGUUCCUCACUGUCUGACAGCCAUCCUUCUUUCCCUCCGCCUUCCUCCUCUUCCCCCUCUUGUAUCUCUUGUAUAUUUAUUCACACCUUGCCUUUGUAUAUUUCACCUUUAUAUAUAAUAUAAUAUCCCUUCGUUUGCCAUCAUGUCCGGCAAGUACUCUCUUUUGAACAACGUCUACUUCCUGGGCGGGUUCGCGACCAUGGGCGGAAUGCUCUUCGGUUUCGACAUCUCGUCCAUGUCCGGAGUCGUCGGUACUGAGCGUUACCAGGAGUACUUCAAACACCCCUCGUCCUCGCUCCAAGGUGGUAUCGUUGCUGCCAUGGCUGCAGGCUCCUUCCUCGGCGCCUUGAUGGCCGGUUCCCUCGGUGACAGGAUCUCGCGCAAGCGCACUAUCAUGUUGGCCGCCUGCAUUUGGAUCGUCGGCUCUAUCAUCCAGUGCGCCUCUGUGAACGCUGGAAUGCUCAUUGUCGGCCGUAUCAUCAACGGUGUCGCCGUCGGUUUGGCCUCUAUGAUCGUCCCUGUCUACCAGUCUGAGAUUGCUCCCAAAAACAUUCGUGGUCGUAUUGUCUCGCUUCAGCAAUGGGCCAUUACCUGGGGUAUCUUGAUUCAGUACUUCAUUCAAUAUGGGUGCUCUUUCAUUCAGUCCAACGCUGCCUUCCGUAUCCCCUGGGGUAUCCAAGUUGUCCCUGGCUUGAUUCUUCUCGCUGGUAUCUCUGUCUUCCCUUACUCUCCUCGUUGGUUGGCUGACCAGGAUCGCCCUGAAGAAGCCCUCGAAGUUCUCGCCAACCUGCGCGCCAACGGAAACAAGAACGAUCCCGCUGUCCUCGCAGAGUUCAAGGAGAUUCAGGAUGCCAUCACCUUUGACCGUACCCUUGCUGCCCGCUCUUAUGCUGAGCUGUUCCGCUACCCUAAUGCCAAGCGUGUCUUCCUCGGCAUGACUCUCCAGUCCUGGUCGCAACUCACUGGUAUGAAUGUCGCCAUGUACUACAUCGUCUUCAUCUUCCAGGGAGCCGGUAUCACUGGCCAGAACGCCAACUUGCAGGCCUCGUCCAUCCAGUAUGUCUUGAACGUCGUCAUGACCAUCCCCGCCAUUCUGUUCAUUGACAAGUGGGGUCGUCGCCCAGUCCUCUUGGUUGGCUCCACCUUCAUGGCUCUCUGGCUCUUCCUCAUCGGUGGUUUGAUGGGCCGCUUCGGUUCUGCCACCAGCUUCGACGGCAACUCGACCACCACUUGGGCUAUCAGCAAUAACAGCUCCGCUUCGCAUGCCGUCAUUGCCUGCUCCUAUCUCUUUGUCUGCUCUUUCGCCAUCUCCUGGGGUCCCGUCUCUUGGACCUACCCUGCCGAGAUCUACCCUCUCCGCAUCCGCUCCAAGGCUGUCUCGCUCUCGACUGCUUCCAACUGGGCUUUCAACUUCAUCCUGGCCUAUGCUGUUCCUCCAGCUCUCCAGAACAUCCAGUACCGCACGUACUACAUCUUCGGUGGUUUCUGUGUCGCCAUGACCAUUCAUGUCUUCUUUAUGUUCCCUGAGACCAAGGGUCGCACUCUGGAGGAGAUGGAUGAACUCUUCAAUUCGGACAUCCCCGCCUGGAAGACUCGCGCGCUCCCUGCCUCGAAGCUCGAGCACGAUAUUGAGGAGAUCAAGGCAAGCCAGGCUGACGAGAAAGCCGAGGUCAAGUAAAAUCCAGGUGUUCCAGCCAUCCGACACUUCCUUCCUUAGUGUCCGUAGUGUAUCCUGAAUCCCAUAUUCAAUACCCAUCAUUAGCGUAAUAAAAAAAAUGGUUGAGAGCUUAAAUUUUAUUCUUACUCGACGAACAGAAAUGUAGGCGGGUUUGCGCAGGGAGGUUGCUGUAAGCAAUAGUAAUGCAGCUGUAGUGCAGCUUGAGCAAUA